UUUCAUCAACUCAACUCAAACUGAAUGAUUUGAAGCUUCUCGCGAUUUCAUCCUCUCCCCCCCGCCAGUCCGGCUUCUGCAUCGCUGCCGUGAGCUCACUCAUGUAUCCUCCUUUUAUUGCUUGACCUGCCCGUCCGUCUGCCAGCUGCUGCACCAUUUCGUCCACUCGAUUACCUACAUUUCGGCUCGCUUCAGUUGCUGCUCCAUCUGCCCGCUACACUAAGGUAGCAGCAGCAAGGUCAUCAUCAUCUGUGGAACGGCGUGCUUGCUUCUGCUUCUGCUUCUGCUUCUGCUUCCAUUUCCACAUCACUUAGGUUCCAUUGCUCGUUAGCUGCCGCCUCAACGCACGUUGCCGGUUCUUACCCUGCGGCUUCAUAAUCCCUCCAUCACCCCCGUCGAGGGUCGUCUUCGCUCACAUCACAUCCUUACCCUUCGUUCCGCCUUUUCAGCAUAACACAUUGCUCCUUCUCUGCUGCUGCUGCUACCAACGACGACGACGACGACGACGAAUAACAAAGAGUGGUUGACAUCAUCAUCAUCAUCGCCAAACUCACCACCACGAUCACUACUAAAUCCAUUUACAUGCGCUAUCCGCCAUCAUGACCGAAAUGUACACUCAGCCUCCGGCUUCGUCGGCUACCGCCUCACUCCAAGAUCGCCGCGUCAGCGUCGCCACCCCGCCUUCGUCUAUUCCUAUGCCACCUCCGCCUACAGGUGCCCGGCUUAGAAGUGGUCUUGCCGGCGAGACGUAUUCGCCCGUCAACCAGAACGGAAGCUUUGAAUUCGACCGUGUGAUCAAGAGCGGCUAUGUGCAAAAGCGCACCUCAAAAACCAAGGCUUGGAGGACUAUUUAUCUCGUCUUGCGCCCCAACACUUUGUCCAUCUACAAAUCGGAUAAGGAGGAGAAGCUUCGACACAAGAUCUAUCUGUCGGAUCUGACGGCCGUCACUUUCCUCAAAGACCCAAAGCAGAAACGCCCAAACGUCUUUGGCCUGUUUUCGCCCGCAAAGAACUUCCAUUUCCAAGCUCCGACUUUGCAGGAUGCCCAGGAGUGGGUUGACUUGAUCAGGAAGGAUGCCAGGAUAGAGGAGGAAGAAGAGGAACUUUUCUUGGCCAGCCCACCUCCCCGACGACAAUCCGACCUUAACCGUGACUUUGCCGCUGCUGCGGAUCGGGAGCGACUUGCUUCGAGCUCACCGGAACCCCUCGAACCUCCUGUACGGAUUCUGGUGUCUCCUGGUGGGCGACGUUCAUCGGCCAUUGAAUCAUCGGGAAUGUCGGGGACAGAACUUGCGUCGCAUUCCGAUUUCUCCGAUUCGGAAUUUCAACGGAUACCGGGCCCAACAAUCGAAAGUUUGACUGCGCGGUCUCCAUCCGUGUCACAAGCACGAGGACGAGCAGCACAGGCACAGGGUGCCCCCAUGACCCCAGGAGCGAUGAACGUCAGCCAAUCUAGCGGCAUCAACGUCGAGCAAGACCCGGAUCGGAUUAUCUGGCAGGGAUGGUUGCGAUUCCUCCGAAGCAAACGCGGUGUCAAGCAAUGGAAGAAAUCGUGGGCGGUAUUACGACCAAGAAAUCUCAUUCUGUACAAAGACGAAUCCGAGUACUCGGUUCUCUUCGUCGUCGCUUUUUCGUCAAUCGUCAAUGUUGUGGACAUCGAUCCGCUGAGCAAGUCCAAGGCCCACUGCAUGCAAAUUAUCACGGACGAGAAGAGCUAUCGAUUUUGUGCUCAAAAUGAAGAGGAGCUCGUUCAGUGUCUGGGUGCUUUCAAGAGUUUGCUGGCAAAAAGGAGGGAGUUGGAGUCAAAAGCGGCAGCGUCGACAGCAAAUGCUACCACCGACCAGCAGCCUCGCCUGUCCGCAUGAUUGGUCGAGGCUGUUUUGCAUUGCGAGGCUGGGCCAAUCAACAAAAAAAAAACAUAUAAAUGGGUUUUGGAAUUGAAAUGGUGUUGACGGGCAUGGUUGGACCGACGGACGGACACAUUCGUUGUUGAUUGUUUACUUUUGUUUUUGGCGCUUUUUGGAAAUACCCGAUGCGACGAUGAAGCCUGGAUAGGUUUGUCGUCUCAUCAAACUCUAACUCUUUGUUUUUCUUUUGUUCUCUGUCUGACCUGCUUUUCCUCUUUCGCCAAACCAUUGGCGCUAGCCGAAAAUUAGGGCAUUCAUACAGCGGCUUUGGUUCUUUCCGCCUUUUUUUCUUCUUCUAUUACUUGUUCAAACCCGGUGUUUGUCUUUUGUAAUUGUACUAACCACUAUUGCUUACUUGGAAACGACUCACGAAUACCAUGAAGGAAGCAGGAAAGGGGACACACACAUACUUUGUCUGUGUAUAUAGCACAAUGCCACUUACCUGAGCUUGGUGUUAGUUGUCUGAAGAAACUGAGUGUCUACUCUCCUGUACAAUCUGGGACUCUCUUAAUUCGGCUUAUUUCCAGAGGUGCCGAAGAAUUGGCCAGGAAGAAGGACGGGAUGCAAGGAAAUGGUAAUGCUGUACAAGCAGGGACAGGAACGGUGAAUCAGUAUGUUCGAUUCAUCUGAACUAACACUCGAACAUACGGACACUGAUGGAUCGUGUGACACCGGAACAAUGUAGGUAGCUAUCGAUGUGUACCCAUGCGUGAUGGAGCUGUAAGAUUAAACUGGCAGUUGUGGAAUGGUAAGCGCAGCGAAAGGGAUCAUUAUC